AUGAAAUCUUCCUGGGCAAUUUUGGCCCUCGCCUUUGGCUCGCACGUUGUGGCCAAAGGCUUUUCACCAACCGAUGCUGCUGAAUAUUGCAUGUAUGCUAUCUACGAGUCGUUAUCUGAACUUAGCUGGCAGGAAUCUGCGAAUGAAACCAGCUCAGAAGGCUCGAACUCAGCCUCUCCGUGUUCCAACGAAAUCGAGGUUACCUCUAUCUAUGCCUCUGUUGUGGAAUACUGCCAUGGAGCAUCAUACAGUCAAGGCCUUGUCUUUUGGGAUAAGCUUUGUGCUAAUCUUGGGACUUCGCUGACGGGCUUGGAUGACCUCGAAGCCAGCGUUACUACAGCCUACAUUGAACAAUUGCCCGCUAUCAGCCCAGACACCGCGGGAAAGACUGAGAUUUCGACUCCGGUGCUGCUUGAGAAGUCGUACUAUUCGCGCGCUGUGCGCAGUGUGACUGCCAACGAGACUAGAGAUACCAGCUCAAUCAACAUUGCUUGGGGCAUUCAUGGCUUCUGGGGCUUUAUCGUCCUUAUGGGGAUUGUUCAAAACGUCUUCUCUACCCUCUCCCGUCGUUGUGCCGGUGUCCAGGCCGGAGACAUCGAGAAGCCUCAAUCACGCCGCUGGCGAGAAAUCAUCCCAGCGCCCGUUCGAUGGGCUCAUGACACUGUCUAUACGUAUCUGAUACUCUCUCCCGCUCUGGGAUACAACCACCGACGCCUUCUGGGCUUCAACGUACCCUUACGGGCCCAGGGUCUGACCAUCUUCUUCUUCUGGUCGCUGGCCGUUAUCUUGGCUUACAUACACGGUGGUGUCUAUCGAGACGAUCCUUUCAACGGGACCUUCGCGUACCAGAUCUGGGUGUUCAUGGGGCCCAGACUCGGUUUUCUCGCCUUCGCAUGUCUCCCCUGGCUGUGGCUCUUUGCCGGACGAAACAACAUUUUCAUCUGGGGAACUGGCUGGGACUAUCAGACCUUCAACCUCUUCCACCGGCAUCUCGCGAGAGUCACUGUGAUUUAUGCAAUUCUGCACUCUAUCUCGUACACCGUCAAAUAUCUGGCCUACUGUAUGUGCUUUACACACCAAGCCCGACGGCCAUGCCAUGCCAUGUUGACUAACAGCCCCAGCCCCGAGCAAGUACUACAAGGACCUCGAAACAAACUGGUUCCGCUUCGGCAUUGUGGCCACAAUCCUCAUGUCUCUCCUCAUUCCCUUCUCCUCGGCCACCCUCCGCAAGCGCUACUACGAGGUCUUCCUAAUAAUCCACAUCCUCUCCGCCAUAGUCAUCGUCUGUGCCUUAUUCAUUUUGGCACAGAAUACACCCCGCACCUCUGGCCGGUAGUCGCAAUCUGGUCCUUCGACCGCCUCGCCCGCCUCCUCCGACUAGUCGUUACAAACAUCCACGUGCGAAGCCGUAGAGUGUCUCGCACGGCAAGAAGCACCGUCGGCUACAGUGACAAGAGCGACGUUCUCCGCAUUGAGAUCCAACCCGCCGCGGUCCCGCGGACUCCACGGGCGGGCGACGUGUAUUACCUGUACCAGCCGCGAAGUUGGCGCGGGUGGGAGAAUCAUCCAUUUACCCUGGCUUCGUGGGCAUAUGCCGGGGAUGGCGUGAAAACACCGGCUAUGGAGGGGUCCGUGGCCAUGCCUAUGACAGACGUUUCCGGCUCCGGCUCCGGCCCAGCUUGUGGCGACAGGCGGUCAGAUUCAAGUCCAGCCCUACCAAGACGAGGUUGUCUCGACAUCGGCACUAUCACCGCCGACAUUGACCUUCUACGUCGCCCCUAUGAGGGCUGGACGAAGCGGUUGAAGGAGCAAUGCCUGCGGUCGGGGUAUACCUGUCACCCGACUCUCCAUAUCGAGGGGCCGUACGGACACCGGGUCUCGCUGGGCGAAUUCGAGCACGUCGUCAUGAUCACGGGUGGGACGGGGAUCAGUGUUGCGACGGCGUAUCUGCAGGAUCUACUCGGCGGAUCUCGAGGAGACGGGGAGGGCGGGGAUGGCUACGGCCGAAGCCAGCAGAUCGAUCUGCAUUGGACAGUACGGGAGGCAGCGUUGUUUGGCGAGCUGUGUCAAAGGGAGCUUGCUGCGCCCGAGGGGAAUUCGAUGGUGCAGAUGCGGUUCUAUUGUUCGAGGGAACAGGGACUUGAGGGUGUAGAUCGGGAGGCCCUGGGCGGGCGGGUCGUUGAGAAGGGGAGGGCUCCGACUCAAGACAUUAUCUCCAAGGCGGCUGCAGAGGCAAGAGUCAGCUGUGCUAGAGUGGCUGUCCUUGUUUGUGGGCCUGUAGGGAUGGCGGACGAGGCGAGGAAGGCCGUUUGUGAAGCGAGGAAAGAGUAUGCUGGGGUGGAGUAUUUUGAGGAGGUCUAUGGGUGGUAG